AUGUCUCUUAUAAACUUCUCUCCCACCCUUCCUGGCUACAAGUUCAUGAAACAAAUAGGUGAAGGUAGCUAUGGGGAAGUUUGGGCAGCAUAUUCACUUGAGCAUCAAAAGAUGUGCGCCAUCAAACUGAUCCCGAACGCAAAUAUGGUUAACUACAUGUCGGUGGAGAAAAUCCUUGAUUCAGAACUUCGAGGACUUGAGGCUGGUGGUGAAUUAUAUCAAUGUAGUCUGACAUACAACCGUAGGCUAUGGCCUACUAAACACGUCAAGUUCUUUGUUGCAGAAUUGGCUGUAGUUCUAGAUCAUCUUCAUCGCAAGAACAUUGUUUACAGAGACCUCAAACCCGAUAAUGUACUUGUGAACUCAAACGGGCACGUAAAACUCACAGACUUUGGAUUGGCUCAAUAUAUUUGGGACAUUGAAACGGGCGUGUUGGUUGGAACUUUGCAAUACAUGUCACCUGAAAUGUUGGGAGGUAGAGAGUAUGGUUUUGAGACUGAUUGGUAUAGCCUCGGUUGUCUGGCAUUCGAAAUGCUUACUGCUUCAUAUCCUGGUUCAAUUGAUAAAGCAUACUCAGUUCCCGAUUCAUCUCAAAGAGAAAAGAUUCGAAUCCCAUUUGGAAUUGAUUCAAUUUGUCAAGAGUUUGUGAAUCGAUUACUUGAAUUUAAUCCUAGUCAAAGGAUCAGUUCAUUAGAUCAAAUUAAAUUAGAUCCUUGGAUGAAAGAUUUUGAUUGGGAUUCGAUUGAGAAGAUUGAAAUUCCUGCUAGCUUUGAACCAAAGAAAAUAAAUCAAUUCGAUCUUCCAAAAAAAUGA